UUAAUAUGCUUGUAAAUUUCCUCUUAAAAUGUUGCUCCAAUUAAUUCUGCUCCUUAACUAUUGCGGUCUAUACGUCUUUGCCGAGUCCGAGCCAUUACAGUUCGGACUCGGAGACCACAUUGAUUGGGGAGUGAAAGACAAACGGGAUAAGGUCAAGGAAAUGAUGUAUUUUGCCUGGAAGGGAUACGCCCAGCAUGCAUGGGGCUUCAAUGAACUCAGAUCGGAUUUGGGAGUCCCGAACAAUAACAGCGUCUUUGGGAACAAUCACAUCGGCCUAACAAUAAUCGACAGCCUGGACACCCUUUAUAUAAUGGGAAUGCGGGAGGAGUUCCUCAAAGGUAAAACUUGGGUAUCGGACCACUACGACCUGGCCCAAAACGAUGCCUUUUUUCCGGCAUAUGAGUUGGGUACGCGCAUAGCCGGCGGAUUCCUGUCCAUGUAUGCUUUAACCGGAGAGGAUUUUUUCCGAACAAAGGCUGAACUUGCGGUGCAGAGCCUCCUACCAAUCUUUCAGCCUUCAGAUAUCCCAUUAGAUAGAGUCAAUCCCAAGCAGCGGAUUGGGGCUUCUGGAUCGCCGUUAUCAGAUCUCAAAGACCUAUAUAUUGGCCCCCUGCAACUGGAGCUUUCGUACGCCAGUGAGAUUACAGAAAAACUGGAUUUUCGACCUAUUGAAGGCCCGGGAAACGAGUAUCUCUUCAAGUUCAAUCUGAAGGCUUGGUUGCGUUCCAACAAAACUAACGAAAAUGCCAGGAAGAUGUAUGUAAAGAGCGUAGACAAAAUGCGAAAAGUCAUGUUGGGUCUAAGCUUUGGAGGCCUCACCUAUCUGGGGCGCGUCUCAAACAAACGCCUUCAGCGCCGAAUGAUGCACUCUUACUGUAAUGCUGGCGGACUUUUGGCUUUGGGAUCAGUAAGUCACGGAAAUGAGAACCAUUUGGUAGCCAGGGAUCUGCAGCUGGGCAAGGAUCUGGCGAAAACCUGUCGCAAAAGAUACCAGCGUACGUGGUAUGGUAUAGGGCCCGAGUCCUUUCAGUUUGAUUCUACGCCAACAGAAGAUGCAAAAGCUAGAACUGGCGAUUCAACAGCCUAUCGCCUACGACCCGAAGUGGUGGAAACCUACUUCUAUUUAUGGCGCCUCACCAAGGAUCAAAAGUACCGAGACUGGGGCUGGAGAGUGGUUCAAUCGCUGAACGAAAAAUGUCGCAUAAAGUAUGGGUUCUCGGGUCUGGAAAAUGUCUACGAGCCAGAUAAUAACAAAGAUGGACAACAAGGCAGUCACUUCCUCAGCGAGACCCUGAAGUAUCUUUAUCUAUUAUUCUCGAACGAUACCUUGUUACCAUUAGAUAAAUGGGUUUUCAACGAAGCAGGACAUCCCUUUCCCGUUAUGAAGAAGGCACCCUGGAGGCACGAUCAUUUUUCAACUUAGUCCGAAAUCUACACGCCACAUUUCUCCCACUUCACAUUGGGACAUAAAUCAUUGUGCCCGCAUUUGUAAUAAUUGUUAAACAUAAUUUAGUUUGACAACAAUUUGUAAAUUGGUCGUUAACCAGCCUCAAAUCAUUUCAAAUUCCAUUUGUUUUGCACAGCAUUUAGUAAAAUAUGUUUGUUUUUUCAUAUGUGGCUUUGUUCGGCAGAAUCAUUUGCCAUUCCAUCGUUUUGUGCCGUGCAUUGCUUUUGUUGCGGCGCCCGCAAUUGUUUCCAUUUUGAUAAUCAAAAUAUUUCAAAAUAUUUUUCCGUUUAAUGGGGGGCGGACAAAAGCCAAAAUCACACAGACACGACCGACAGAGUCGGCCAAUAAAAAGAGUCUACCAGACCGUUAAAAAUUAUACAAAUUUAA